AUGUUCAGACAUCCAUCUCCAACACCGCCGUUUAAUGAUGGUGCUAAUGAUGGUGCAUCUGAAUUUCCCGAAUUUUCAACACAAAUGACUCUUGGUGGCAUGACAGCUGGUGAUGAAGCCACUCCAAAUGAAGAGGAUUCAACUCCUACGAGCAGGAGAAGCCACUUACCAGCAUGGAACACUGAUCAAAAUCUGGCUCUCCGUGAACAACCACGUUACUGUAGUCAAGCAGGAGGAAGUGUUGGGUCAAGAAGUAGUGAAUCUAAGAGAUCUCGCGAGAGUGAUGCAUGUGGCUCAACCUCUGCAGGUGGCUCAACCUCUAUAGGAUCGAUUCCCCGUCCAAUAGGUAGGGAUGCAUCUAAAAAAAAGGGUAAAAAGAAGAGCCCAACAGCUGCCUUGGAAGUGAUGCAGAACGAUUGGGCUGGAUACAAACAAGCCAAGCAGGAUGAGGUUGAACAAUUGAAGCAUCUAGCAGCGAUCACGGAAGAGGCUAAUAGAUUGAGGAAAGAGGAGACUGUAGCUAAGAAAAUGAAAUUAUACCUAAAGUUAAGUGAUGAAGAGCAUCUCAGUGACCACAAGAAAGAGAUGUUGAAGCGGUUGUCCGAAGAGCUCUUUGGAAAUUAA